UGACUCUUUAUUUUUUAUUUUUUUUAAAACAACUGAAUGUCACGCGCGCACGUACACGCGCUGCCUUCAACCUUCAGAUAGCCACGUCCCGUGAGCCUUUGCGCGGGUCUGACAAGUGGAUCCAAGAUGGCGUAGAAAGUACAGCUCGAAGUUUUGUUCCUGAGUCAUGGCAGACAGGAGAGCGGAAAAAUCAUGUGAAGAAGCCAGCAGAUCGUUAGUCAGGCGGGAGUAUGAGGCGGUAGUCAGCCAUAGCACUGACACCUUGGGGGUCCUUGCUCCCCAAGGCCUGUCCACUGGCGCUCCUGCCCCGCCGAGCCCGCCAUCCGGAAACCUCCGCAGUCGCGCCCUGCUUUACCGCAUCGCUGCCUUUCUUCAGCUGAAAAAAUAUGAUGAUGCAGAUCAAGACUGCAAAUAUGUGCUGGCAGACGAUCGGGCAAGGGGAGACGGUUCGCUUCAGGCCAGCUUGCGCUCUAUGCAGUUGGAUGGCAGCCUGCAGGAGGUGGCCGGCAUCCUCUCUAAAACCUUGUUUGGAGAGCCAAUGAACGGCAUUGUUGCAAAAGACAUAUCCAGAUUAAAAAUACUCUUUUUGGAAAUAGAGGCAAUAAAGAAGAGAGAAAUGGCACCAGAAUAUACAGAUGACCACGAGGAGGAGGUGCAAGAUGGCUGGCAGUUCCGACCUCCUCCACGAGGAGUCACCAGCAGUGAGGAGUACACCCUCUGUAAAAGGUACUUGGAGCAGGGCUUGUGUAGGUAUGGGGCCCAGUGCACGUCGGCCCACUCGCAGGAAGAGCUGCUGGAAUGGCAGAAACGCUACGCUUCACGCCUCAUCCGUCUCAAGCAGCAGCAGGAGAGCAAACACUUCACCGAAAACUACAUGGAGACAUUGAUAGAGAAGUGGAUGAACUCUCUCUCCCCAGAGAAAGUGCUAAGUGACUUUUUAGAAGGAGUGAAUGUUGAAACCAACUCAAGCCUCUCUGUUACCGUCACCACCAAAAAGUCCUCCCACUCUUGGACCUUUUCAUUGCUCUGCAAGCCUCCUAGAAAGCUAUAUCGCAUAGCCCUGCUCUACGAUGCCCACAGACCACACUUCUCCAUCACUGGGGUCUCUGCUGGCGAGCAACUCCAAAUCGUGCCUGCAUGCUGUCAAGAGUGGACUCCACAGAAAGACACAGCAGUGGCAUCAGACAAUGGCAUGGACCAUUAUGUCUACCAGGUCGCUGUGGACUUCACCACAGAGAUCUUUGGCACCUUCAGACAGACAAUAGUUUUUGACUUUGGCUCAGAACCAGUGCUUAUGCAGCGGAUCAUGGUGGAUGCUGCGUCUAUUGAAGACCUAGAACAUCUUAAUGCAGCCAGACAGCAGCUCUUGAUGACUACAAAACGCUGGGACUCCUCCUGUAAGACGAUAGUUGAAUUCACGCCCAACGAGACAAUGUCUGAUCUGGAGCGCAGCCUACUUUCUCGCUAUCAAAUCCCUCUGUCGGCGGACCAGCUCUUCACCCAGUCGGUGUUGGACAAGACUCUGACCAAAGAAAACUACCAGUCCCGGAUGCAUGAUCUCCUCUACAUAGAGGAGAUUGCACAAUUCAAGGAAGUUAGCAAGUUUAACAUCAAAGUGAACCUGCAGCUUGUAAACAGCUUUAUGCUGACCGGCAUUUCUGUGGGAGCCAAGUAUGCCCAGAAUGGACAACUCUUUGCACGUUUUAAACUCACUAAAACACUGUCUGAGGAAACACUGGCGGGGCGACUUGUGAUGACCAAGGUGCAUUCGGUCCUCUUCCUGCCUUUGGGCUGGGAGGGCCACAGCAGCCAUCCACCUCCAGGGGUCAAAGAGCGUGUCUAUGAGGCUGUGAUUGAAGAAAAGACCAAGGAUUACAUCUUCCUAAGGAUCUGCAAAGACUGCUGUGAUGAACUUGGACUACAACCAGACAGGAAAAUCCAGGUGGAGCUCCAGUUCCAGCUGAAUAGGCUGCCACUGUGUGAGAUGCAUUAUGCCUUGGAUCGCAUCAAAGAUGGCAAAGACAAUGGCAUCCUUUUCCCCGAUGUUUGCCUUGUGCCAACAAUCCCCUGGAGCCCCAACAGGCAAUGGGAUGAACAGCUGGAUCCUCGUCUAAAUGCCAAACAGAAAGAGGCCAUCCUCGCUAUUACGACUCCUGUAUCGAUCCCCCUGCCCCCAGUCCUCAUCAUUGGACCCUACGGCACUGGCAAGACAUUCACCCUGGCACAGGCUGUUAAGCACAUCCUCCGCCAGGACAGCAGCAGGGUUUUGAUCUGCACCCACUCCAACAGUGCAGCUGACCUUUACAUUAAGGACUACCUUCAUCCUUAUGUUGAUGCAGGCAAUCCACAUGCCAGACCUCUCAGGGUAUAUUUUAUAAACCGCUGGGUGAAGACGGUCCACAAAGUGGUCCAGCAGUACUGUCUCAUCUCCAGCACACAACUCAAUUUUCAAAUGCCCACAAAGGACGACAUCCUCAGGCAUCGUGUGGUUGUGGUCACCCUCAGCACUUCCCAGUACCUCUGCCAACUUGACUUGGAACCCGGCCUGUUCACUCAUAUCUUGUUGGAUGAAGCUGCUCAGGCCAUGGAGUGUGAGACUAUCAUGCCAUUUGCCUUAGCUAGCAAUACCACCCGCAUUGUGUUGGCUGGAGACCACAUGCAGCUCAGUCCAUUUGUGUACAGCGAGUUUGCCCGGGAGCGAAACCUGCACGUGUCCUUGUUGGACCGACUGUACGAGCACUACUCUUCUGAAUUCCCUUGCCGCAUCCUUCUGUGCGAGAACUACCGCUCGCAUGAAGCAAUUAUCAACUACACGUCAGAGUUGUUUUAUGAUGGUAAGCUGAUGGCAAGUGGAAAGCAGCCUUCUCAUAAGGACUUCUACCCUCUAACCUUCUUCACCGCACGAGGAGAAGAUGUCCAGGAGAAGAACAGCACUGCCUACUACAACAACGCUGAGGUGUUUGAGAUUGUGGAGCGAGUAGAGGAGUUGCGCAAGAAAUGGCCGGUAGCUUGGGGCAAGCUGGACGAGGGUAGCAUCGGAGUGGUCUCGCCAUAUUCUGACCAGGUCUUUCGCAUUCGUGCUGAGCUCAGAAAGAAGAGAAUGCAUGAGGUCAGCGUGGAGAGAGUACUCAAUGUCCAGGGUAAGCAGUUCAGGGUGCUGUUUCUGAGCACGGUGCGGACGCGGCAUACUUGCAAGCACAAGCAGACGGCCAUCAAGAGGAAAGAGCAGCUAGUGGAGGACUCCACGGAGGACCUGGACUAUGGAUUUUUGUCCAACUACAAGCUGCUUAACACAGCCAUCACAAGAGCUCAGUCGCUGGUUGCGGUGGUGGGAGACCCAAUUGCACUGUGCUCUGUGGGACGCUGCAGAAAGUUCUGGGAGCAUUUUGUGUCCAUCUGUCAUGAAAACGAAAGCCUCCAUGGCAUCACCUUCGAGCAGAUUAAGGCUCAGCUCGAAGCCCUGGAGCUAAAGAAGACCUAUGUUCUCAACCCUCUGGCGCCAGAAUUUAUCCCUCGUGCCCUCAGGCUACUGCAAGGCCACCAGUCUUCUUCACAAGCACUGCAUCCCCACCACCAUCAUCCUCAUCCUCAACAUGUGCAGGCCACCUCCGCAAAGCAGGCACAGCAGCAACAGUCACCUCCUAAGGGCAAACAUGCGAACCAAACAGAACACCUUCCACCUGAAGGAUAUGUCCAGCCCAGCCCAGCUGUUCUAAUGGGAAACCCAAUCCAGGCAUUUACACCACCCAUGGGUGGUGCCUCAGCUGGCAUUGGCAAGUCACCCAGUCCUGUUCAAAGGAUAGACCCUCACACAGGCGCCAGCAUCCUUUACGUUCCGGCGGUAUAUGGUGGAAAUAUGGUCAUGCCCAUGCCGCUGCCUUUGCCUUGGCCAGGUUACCAGAACCGCUUUGCUGUUGACCCACGUAUCAUGAACCACCAGGCAGCCAUGGCCUACAACUUCAACCUUUUGCAGGCCCAGAACCGAGGCUCCCCAAUUCCUUGCAGUGGAGUGGCACAACCAUCUUCCCUCGGAGUGGGCCAACCAAGCCCCGACACCGAUCUACAAUCAGACGCAAUCAGAAACGGCAAAUUAGAAGGAUGUCCCAAACCAGAGCCAAGUUGUCUUCACACACCAGAGAGAAAAAUCACAGAAAUAAAGGAUAAACAGGGGGAUUUUGACUCAGCUCAAAGUCGAACUCCGGAAUCACAGACUGAUGGGAUAGCUGGUUUUCCCAACGCACUGCUCCACCGAAAAGAUCCGCCCGCCGCCCAGAGAGCCCUCAACUACCACCUGGCACCACCCAAUCCCGCUUUCCCCGCGCAUCCUGUCAGCGGAAGAGCUCUCCCCCCUCAGUGUCCAGUCUCAAGGCUGCCUUAUCGGGUCAACCAGCCUCAACAUCCAGGGAUGGUCCAGCAGAACCAACAGCUUAGUCCUGCCUUCCAAGGUGGAGGCCACAACGCAUCCUUCUUCAGCGGUCAAAUUGCCCCUCAUAGAGCUGUCCAGUCGCCUACUUUAGAUGGGGCGGAGUCUGGAGGAGUAGAAGAAAUGGGUAACUCCAUCAGGACUCCAAUGGGCCAUGUUGGUGGACACCACCCGAAUCUGUCACAGCACAACAACAGAGUCAACAGCUUUGGGGAGGAUGGACAAGACGGAAUUAUGGGAGAUGGUCUUGACCUUCGGGGCCCCUUGGCUCUCGAGGUCCUGAACCAACAGCAGCAGCAGGCCACCAGGCUCGGGCAGUGGAGUGAAGCAGCAGGCCCUUUCCUGCAGGGUGGCGUCGCCUUCCCAAUGCCCCAGCAAAUCCCUCACCUUGCUCAGCCGGGCAUGACUCGCUUUUCCCAUCAGAUGCUCCGCGCAGCCAACUGGGGUCUGAGUGCCAACGUGGAUGAUGAAGCUGGUACUGUUGCGUCCACUGGACCACCUUUCAACAGAUACACGGGCCUCCUGAGAGAGAUCCCUUUACAGGAGCCGCCUGAAGCAAGUGAAAUUCAACCCCCUCCUCAAUCUCGCCUCCUUCAGUAUCGCCAGUCCCGUCCCUCGGGUGACCCUUCAUCUCCGUUAGCUGCCGCUUCAAAUCACGCAGGUCCGUUUCCAUCUGGGCCUUACUCGCACGAAAGCAGCCGCGAUCAUCUGAACAACAACCUUGUCAACGCCGCAGCUCUGCAGCAGCAACCUGUUGGAAACCCCCUUUAUAAUAGCAGUUGCUACCCACAUCAGACACAAGCCCACCCUGUCAGCCCCCCUGCAUCCCAGGUCAAAUACCUCCUGCAGGAGGCCCAGUGGUCUCAGACAGGAGGUUCAUCUGUGAGCCCGCCUCAGCAGAACCACCUUGUAGGCAACCAGGGACAUGGCCUUCCAUAUGGACUGCCCAUCAUUGCUCAACCCAGCAGGCAGGAGCAAGUUCAUUUGAUGCAGCUUCAUCACCACCACCAGCAGCAGCACCAACAUCAUCAUCAUCAUCAUCAUCAACAACAACAACAACAACAGCAGCAGCAGCAGCACCACCAUCAGCAGCAACAAACGCAGCAGCAGCAGCAGCAGCAACAACCUCAGCAAAGUCAAGACCAGGAGUCCUACCACUCACUGUCCCCUAGAUCAUCCGCAACCACUGCUCUGCACAGUGUAGACGAGUAUGAACCCAGAGGUCCAGGCCGGCCCCUCUACCAACGUCGCAUUUCCUCCAGCUACCCAGAUGACCCCUCCCCUGCCAAUGCCCACAAUGCCAUGUCCCAGCAGCCCCAGGAACACCCCCAUCCGCACAUGCAGCCGCAGCACCCGCAUGCUCCCUAUGGUUACCCCUCACAUGAGGUCUGGCCCAGUAACGGCGGUGGUCCCGGUCAGUUCCAGAACAUUCCGUGUAACGGAGGGGGGACCCUCGCUCAUCAUCGAGAGCUUUUAGCAGCUUCCAAGGCCUUGCGUCAGAUAGAAGAGCAGGUGAAGGCGGAAUCCACAGCAACACAGCAGCCACACCCACACCCACACGCUCUCAGCUCCCUUCAGAACCCUGGACAGUUCCCUCCCCUCAUGCCCAAUAAUAACAAGCAGCAGCCACAGCAGGCUGCCACGGAGCCUGUUCAAGCAGCCCCGAAUUUAAACAAAGCCCCCACCAUGUCCUAUGCCAGUGCCCUACGUGCCCCGCCCAAAACUCGAGCCAUUCGCCCUGAGCAGGCCAAAAAGAACAGCGACCCACUCUCGCUCCUGCAGGAGCUCAGUAUAGGAAGUUCAGAUGGUAGCAAUGGCUAUUAUUCCUACUUCAAAUGAGUGUCAUCCCUACCACGUAUUAUUUACAUCUUAAAACAUACUACAAAUACCAAAAAAAAAAAAAAAAAAAAGGAAAAUCCUUCUAAAAAAUAAAAAAAAAAAUAGUGCAAAGUUUCUAUCAGUAGGUUUGUUUUCUGCGUUUUGUUCCAUUUUAACCUUUUUAUUUGUAACCGUUAUCUCCUGUUUCACAUAUCUGUGAAGAAAAAAAGUAUAUAUAAUGAAUGCAUUACUGGUAUAUAUACAUAGUCAUUAUGUAUAUAUGAACAUAUAUACUUAUAUUAUCUACACUUGUAUAUGUACGUAAUGCUUAAAAAAAGUUAUCAAAAAAAUAUAAAGAGAGACUCUGUUGGCCACUUAGCUUCCCUGCAUUUUUACUUCCAAGAUUGAAGUCGGUUUUGAUGGUUACUAAACAAUCGUGUUGGCUUUUCUGUCAAGAGCGUUUUCCUCACUUCAAAGUCUGGCUUUUCAUACGGCCCCAGUUGUUGUAAUGGCCCUAAGCUAAGUGGUCAGCUGACACAAAAUCUACAUGGAGAAGUGUAUAGAAGUAGUUUCCUUUUAAUCUGUACAUAUAAAGAAAAUAAAUGACUGAAUUGUAUGCCACAGACAAUUCCUUUUAAGUUAUUGUAGACCAUCACGUUUUUAACAAGUUGGACACGCUGGACAGCCCAUUCGCCCUAAUCGGAUUGCCUGAAACAUUAUCCGUUUGUGUAAGAAUUGUUCAUUAUUAGCUCCUUUUGGAUAUCCCAGUUAUUUUUAAUCAUCAGCUAAAAAAAAGAUCAUGUGCAAAUGUUUUUUACCCAGCCAUUGUCAUUGUUUUCUGUAUUAAUAGUACCCACAAAGGUGCCCCCCUGUAUUUUAUCGGAUUCUACAGUUUUAUCCGGACUUAACAAACCCUUCAGGGAGGUGGUCAGGAUGACUUCUAAAGGGGAUAUGACAUGUGCAAUGGGCAGCAGGACAAGGAGGUGCGGGGCUUUUGGAUGGUUUGUGAAAGUGAGCGGAGGGGUGACGGUGUGGCGUUGGAGGCCACUUUGAAACACUGCCAGACAAAUAUUUAGUUUUGAUUUGGAGGAGACCAGACAAGCCCUGGGAAUUUGCGAAGUGAAACGUUUGUGGCUUUAAUGGAAGAUCUAGCGGGCGAGAUGUGUGAUUAGUGCUCCUGGUUGUUGUUUUCCCGACGAGACAAUCUGCCGACAAUGUGCAUAUGAUAUCCUUGAGCUUUUAGAACAUCUGCAUUCUUACAAAAUUAAUAGUAAUGCAUUCAUCUGUUUUAGUAUGUUUGAAUUGGUUCAUAAAUAGUUUUUUUUCCCCAUUUGGUUCUAUUCUUCCCCUUCCUUUUUGCUUGUCUUUGCAGCUAAAUGACUUUUACCGCUUUUCUAUAAAUGGUCGACAGUUGGAUGAUGUUCAUAUGGCCCCAUUCGUUGAGGUUUACCAGACACAUGAAACGUGACAAAUUGGGGGGGGAGUGUUUGCACUAUACACUUUAGCCACCAGAUAGCAGUAGAGUGUCGAAUAUCUUAAAAUUCCGACUUUGACCACAGCGCCAGUUGGUAUGUCGAGUGGCGCUUUACAUCAUUUUCAGCAGACUGCAUUGAAAAUCCACCCAAGAAUGGGGUCAUAUGAAUCCCUUCCUUACUGUACAUAUGAAGAAGAAAAAAGAUACUAUCUUUUUAGGUUUGAAGGAGCACUCCCGUGGUACUUUAAUGUCCCUUGCCUGUCCGGCCCAAACUAGUGACGUCAUCCCACUGUGCCAUGAUUUUCACACAGCAGUACAACUUCUUAAAAUGUGAAAAAGUGACCUGCUUAACCCGUGGUUUCAGUUACAUUGUAAUUUAGAGGUCCAGAUUUUUUUCAUUUUUUUAUUUUUUUGUCACUGAGCAGUAUAGCGCUGAUUAACAUACGAUGUAAAUAUGCAUUUUUUUAGGUAUUUACAAACCCUGAAUUUAGGGAGCGCUUCAUUUUUUUGUAGAUGCCGUUCAAACAAAGAGGUUUGUCCUUUUAAUGCAAAUUCACACAAAAAAAUGGAGUCUGGAUAUAGACGUCAAACUCAAUGUUCUUGCUGGCAUACGGCUGAUACGAGAACUUGUUGGUUGCACAACUUUUUUUUUUUUUUUCCACUGUACAAUACUUUUGUGCCACAUUACAGCUAAAAUACUACAAUCAACAUGAAUAUUAUUUCUUUUUAUUGCAUGAUCCUUUUUUUUUUCUUUUUUUUUUUUUUCCAAUCCCUGUUUUUAUUUUAUAUCAAUUUUGGGUGGAAAAAAACCGGACUUUUAUUCAACUCUCUUACACAUUCAAAAUCUUUCGGUGUAUUUGUUGUGUAUGAUGUGACAUUAUAAACCAGCUAUUCUAUUUUUUACUAAACAUGUCAUGCGAAAUGUAACGGUCAUGUAUGUUUUGUGUGUUCAUCCAAGCAUGGCUCAAGCUGAGGUUGCUCCCUUUAGUGUGUCUGAUGAAGCCUCGUGAACGCUCGCUGGCUAAAACUUGUGCAAUACUAAUAUUUCACUGCUUCUCCAGCUCCACUUUAUUUGAACUCUUAAGACGGAAGACAUUGAGCCAAAGACUAUUAAAGAGAUGGGUAUUUUUUGUUCUGUUUUUAUUUUGCUGAUUCCCUCACUUGUUUUUUAGGUUGACUGAUGAAUUUUGCUUGGCCACCCUUUUUGUCGGGACAACAUUUGGUUGCCUUUUGAAGAACACAAUGCGAGCGAGUUGUGAGUGACACACGAGGGGAGCAACAAUUGGCCCAGCCGGUAGAGAUCAGUGUGUCCAUCUAUUUCUGUCAUCCCCCUUACUCUCCUGUGUUCUUCCCUGCAGUAAGUCUGUACUGGCACACCUGUUAGCCCCGCCCAUCUGCCCCACUGGCUCCUCCCAUGUGGGUACCAAGUACUGUUCUGUUUCACUCUUCUCCAUUUCAAUUGAUGGUGGUUAUAAUAAAGGAUUUAGGCUGUGUUUUAAAGGUUAUUUUCUUUGCUAUUCGUUUAUUAAAGUGUUUUUAUUGAAA